AUAAUAUAAUUUUGUUUUCAGCACAAUGUCUAAUGUUGAAGUAGUAGAUUCCGAAGAAAGGCUAGACAUACAGGACAGUGUUUAUGAAAACGAAGAGAGCAAUGACAAAAUUCCAGAAAACAUAGGAAAAAAAAAAUCACUGGGACGAGAAAAAGUUGAUGUACCAAUAGAAUCUAAUGUCGAUAAAGUGUUAGAACAUUUGAAUAAAAAACAAAAGAUCCCACUUGAUGCAGUCGAAAUGCUUAUGUUAAGCCAUGUUAAGACAAUUAAAACUUUUUCUCCGAGACGACAAGCCAUAGCAAAAAAAAAUAUUACAGAAAUUGUUACAAAUUUGGAACUGGAACAGAUUGAAGAAAAUGAACACGGUCAAUAUUAUCAACCAUCUCCACUAACAUACCAGUCAUACCAGCCAACAGAUGACGUGCAGACAUACCAGCCUACAGGUGAUGUAAUUAAUUUGUCAACUGCAGACCGUCCUAGCAGUUAUAAUAUACAUCAAUUAUAA